UCGAACUCCUGGAGAGAAAAAGUUAAAAUUUGGAAGUUUGCCCAUAUUAUUUUUGCCAGGUAAAUAUAUAAAAACUAAAUAAAAUAUUGUGUCAAUAUUUUUGUAUGUGUACUUUAGAUUUUCAUGAAAGUCCGACACAGGAAAAUUCGCUUUAUAAAUAUGGAAGUUGUGAAACAGAAACUCAUUUGGAAGUACCAGAUCCUAUUCCAAGCACUUCUACUGAAUGCAAUACACCCAAUAUAUAUUCUGAAGUUCAAAUCACAUUAAGGCAGCCAGGUGAAGAAGAGAAUAAUCCAUUUAUUUCAAUACCAGGUACUUCAAGGGAUUGUAUAACCCCAACCGAACAGGCUCCAAUCACCCAUUCUGAGUCACUGGUGAUGUAUAGCAUGAUCUGUAUCCCUGAAGCAGUCAAUAUGGACGUCAAGUUAGAGAAAACCACUUUCGUUCUGGGCGAAACCAUAAAUGUAACUGUGAACUUGCUCAACAAUUCUUCUCUGGAUAUUUCUGCGGUAUCAGUGGAAUUGUAUAAUAAAGUUAUAGCGAAGGUAUCUCCACCGUUUCAUCGAUUUCUGACUUUAUGUCAAUUGCUGACGGAAGAUAAAGGCCCUGAGUUCCGUCACUACAGGACAAAGAAAUAUUCGUUACAGUUGAAGAUACCAGACUCCGCCGAAAUUCCGAAUUUUCAGAACUGUACUCUUUUGACGCGGAAAGAAAUUUUGCAGGUCACAGCAAUAUUUAAGGAUUCUACAAAGCCUAAAUUAACAACAGAAGUUGAGUUAAUUAUCGGACACUAUUCAGAUGAAGGAGUCUCUAAAUAUACGCAAGAUUCUGUGAAAAUUUGCCCACUCCCUUACGGUAUCAUGAGCAAUCCGUCUAUUGAUGCUUCAAAAAUGAAUUUUCCCGACCUACCGACACGAGUGCCAAUUUUAUAUCCUCCAGCUCGUAGCAGUCCCAGAAGCUCAACGGAACAGCUUAAGAACCGCCCAAAACUAGUACCGCCUUACCCAACAGAACAAUUCUUCGAUGCUGAACAGGUACCAGCAUCUGAAGCAAAGAGAUUUUCCCCACACCUUCCAAGAGAAAAAAAUCUGCCUUACCCCCCAAGUGAUUACUGUCCUUAUCCCAAAGAAGAUAACCCGCAAUUUACUGCUGAGAAAAUAUCGGUGCCCGAAGCAACGAAAUCUCCUCCAUACCCUCUAAGAGGUGACUGUCCUUACCCCAAAGAAGGUAACCUUUCAUCUAACGUUGAAAAGGAACUGAUACCAGAAGCAAAGGAAAGAAAUCUUCCUUACCCCCGAAGCGAUGUCUGUCCUUAUCCCAAACACGAUAACCUUCCAUCUAGUGUUGAAGAAGUACUGAAUACAGGUGCAAAAACCCUUCCCUACUUUUCAAAAGAAGGAAAUCUGCCUUACCCACCAGAUAAUUACUGUACUUAUCCCAAAGAAGAUAAGCCCUCAUCUUCAUCAUACGAAAAGGAACUAAUACCAGAAGCAAAUGAAAUAAAUCUUCCUUACCCCCGAAGCGAUGUCUGUCCUUAUCCCAAACACGAUAACCUUCCAUCUAGUGUUGAAGAAGUACUGAUUACAGAUGCAAAAACCCUUCCCUACUUUUCAAAAGAAGGAAAUCUGCCUUACCCACCAGAUAAUUACUGUACUUAUCCCAAAGAAGAUAAGCCCUCAUCUUCAUCAUACGAAAAGGAACUAAUACCAGAAGCAAAUGAAAUAAAUCUUCCUUACCCCCGAAGCGAUGUCUGUCCUUAUCCCAAACACGAUAACCUUCCAUCUAGUGUUGAAGUACUGAUUCCAGAUGCAAAAACCCUUCCCUACCUUUCAAAGGAAGGAAAUCUCCCUUACCCACCAGAUAGUUACUGUCCUUAUCCCAAAGAAGAUAAGCCUUCAUCUUCACCAUACCCCAGUGGAAGCACCUGCCCUUAUCCAACAAAGAAAAGUCAAACUUCUUCAACAGUUGGUGAUCCUCCUUACCUUAAAAAAGAAUUUAAUGAUGACAGGUUAGUUGACAUGUCUCGUUCUAAUGAGAAAACUUAUCCUUAUCGGACGGAAAUAAAAUUCCAAGUAAGUCCUUUAUAUUCUAAGAAGGGUACUCAAGGGUAUAAUAAAAUAAAAGUGCCUUCAAGUUCAAUUCGUACUUCAUUCGAAGAAAAUUCUCUGCCCUAUCCAAGGGAAAUCGAGGAGAAAACGCCGUUACUACACGAGUCAAUUAGUGAUGCUUCCGAAUUACCUCAAAAAAUGCCUAUGCCUUCUAUGCCUUCACAAUCUUUUGGUUCGUUUGAAGGGGACGGUCUUCCUUAUCCGAGCAAGAUGCAGCCUCCUUAUCCCAUUACUGAUACCUCAAACGUUACCGAAUUUUCUUCCCCUGCGUUUGGAAACAUUGCUCCAUACCCUCCAGAAAAGCCAGCUCCUCACUCGACUGUUGGGUUCGCAGAGUUCACGCCCAUGCCUAUGCCUACAGACCAAUCUUCUAUCCCUUGCGGAUCGAUUGGAUUCGCAGUGCCGACGUCUCUUUCAAAGAAUCCUUUGAAAGAACACGCACAGCCUUCAGCUCCUCAACUGUCUGAUAUUAAAUCUGCCCCCAUAGCGAGAAUAGAAGAGAUUGAAGAUCUACUCUUCAUAGAUUCGAAUGAAGACGAUGCUGAAAUAACAGAUGAGGAAAGGGAACGUGUUGCUCAGCCGAAACAAAGCUCUUCUAGGUCUGUUGCAGCACCACCGUCCUAUGAAGACGCUUGCCAAUCGCCGAAGAGGAAGAAGAAAGAUCGAGUGAAGAGACAGAUGGCGUUGGCCUCCUAGAAGUUCAUUCCCGGUAUAAAUUUCUACGUGAAUUAUUUAAUAUAGUGGGAAUUAUAUUUACUAACGCUAUUUACUAAGCUUACAAAUCAGCUUUACGUUUUUAUUCAAUAAUUAUCAGAGAACAGUUGGUCAGAAGAUGAUGAAGAGAAGAAAGUGAUUACCUCGUUAAUGCCAAAUUUGAGUACAAAACUUAGCUAUGUGCCUAAUUAGAUGUAAGCAAACUUUGUUUCAAUAUUUUUUUCUACAACGACAGCUUUUUUACAUUCAAAUAACCGUUUUCUAACAUAACUUCCAAUGUAAAAAUUUGUAUUUUAUAAAAGUAUACACAAUAAAAG